AUGACAAGCUACAUGUACAACGAACCAUCCACCGGACCAAAUCCAUCUUCGGAUCACCAACAAACCCUCGUCGAAAACGCAUGCCAUGCACUUCUAGGUCUACGACGCUCCACCGAGCCAGCACAGACAUACGACACCUCCGUCUUUCCCAAUGGUGGUUAUUACCCAGAAGAUCCACAACGCAACCAAGACCAGGACGGAUACCAUCCCCUCUCAGCGCCGCAACCAGAGUCCCAACGAACAGCCGACUUCCUCUCGGACUCUUACGCCCACGAGGAUGUUCCCGCAGCAUAUGACAUCCCGUCCCCGGCCACGACGCUGACAGAACCCCAACAUCCCUCCAACACCUCUCAAACCGAUCUGCACUCAUCACCCACGCCGUCACCUUCGCCAUCCACCACCUCACCCAGCAACCCAUUAACAUCAACACCAAGAACCCCCCACCGCAAACCCCAACCCCCCAAACCCAAAUCAUAUCGCUAUAGUUUACCACGAUUACGUCCCCGGCGUCCACAUCCCCGGCGUCCACAUCCCCGGCGCCCCUCGGCAAAACAACUCGUCCACCGACCCGUCCACCGAGACCGGCCCGUCACCCGCCAAUUAGCUCUUGACCUGUUGGUGGCUAGAGCUGAGGCCAGAACUGAGGGCAAAGCUGGGGCUAGAGCUGGGGCUAGAGCUGAGACUAGAGCUGAGGCUGAAGCCCGGCGACGUCAAAUGCUUGCUGCUGGAGUGGAGAUAGCGGCUGCGGCGGCUGCGAUGCGGGCGAGGAAGAGAAGGGAGAUUGAGGAUAAGUGGGGGGAUAAACGGAAGGGUGGUCGGGAAGGGGGUGGGGGGUUGCCGGAGCUUAGGCCGGGUAGGGGUUGGCCGUGGACGUGGGAGUGA